AAAAAGAAACCUUUUUUGUAAUUUGUGUGUGUUGACAAAGUGGAGAUCUCGUCACCUUGUCACUUGCAUUUCCGUGCUAAUUUAGUUUUUUUAAUGUCGACAGUUUGAGCCCACAGUGGCAAGUUGUAAUGCAUAGUAUGACACCUUUACAUAUAAAUGCAGUCUUAAUAUUCAAUGAAGUGUUGGAUGCGUUACGGUUUUGAUUAGGAUCUUUUGUUUUGUGGUAUUUGGUCCAUACUGUUGUGUUUGAGUUGAUCUCGACUGUAAAUAGAGGAGGGAUGGCAGGAUAAACUUCCCUUUUUGAUGUUGCGAUUAGUAGUCAUCCACUCCCUGUAUUUACACAAGAACCUGUAGAUGUUUUGGUAUUGAUGUUAUCGGGUUUUCUUUGGGGGGGUUUUGGCAGCUUAAAAGUAAAACUUAACUUGAUGUAAUUAAAUGCCUAACCGGAAAGGUGGCGGCUCCUUUCCUUUAUUAACUUUGAGGGAUUUCAGAGUGUGAGUAGACAAACGGGAAACCUGACUCGCACCGAAGUGACCCAACAACGCGCACAGCACCCGCGUGUCCAGUGAUAACGUGUAUUGACGUUCCCACCUGCGUCGGAAUCGCUGUUGAUUUUUACUCAGGCGCUCACGUGGACAGCUAUGCUACCCCCCCCCUCGUCAGGCGAACGGCGCAACCACCCUUUUUCGAUCCUGUGAGGAAGUUGUUUCUGGGGUUCUGUCCUGCGCGUAGAAAGGAUGUUUCUGCGGCGGUAACGAGGCUGUUCAUGGCGUUUCUCCACGUCCCCGUCACGCCGUCUUUAAGGGGAAGAAAAGCGCGCGCGAGAACCCGGACGAGGCGACGCGGAGGAGCCAAAGUCCCCAACAUGGAGGCAGAGACUGGAUUAGUUCCGAGCGUUCAAGACUUCGAUAAGAAGCUAGCUGAAGCCGACGCCUACCUGCAGAUUCUGAUUGACCAGUUAAAGCUGUUUGACGACAAGAUCAAGGACUGCACGGAGGAUGAGUCACGCAGCAAAAUAGAAACUUUGAAGGAGACCACUUGUAGCAUGGUAGAGUCCAUCAAGCACUGUAUCGUACUGCUUCAAAUCGCUAAGGACCAAAGUAACGAACAGCAACACGCAAACGGACUUAUAAGCACCAUAAACCCAGUGGAUGGGAUCUACCAACCCUCUCUGGAGCCUCCAAUCGUCAACACCACAAUGCCAACACAGACCACACUACCCGCAGACGCUUCUCAGGUGUGUAAAUCCGACGUACGCCCCUCGACGUUGUCCGUGGGUCCUGUCGUCACGGUGAUGGGCAGUCUGCAGACCCCAACUCCCAACAGCACAGGGAGUGGUCCGUCGGGCCCCAGCAGUGGCAUUGCAUCCCCCACUCACAUCCCCCUCCCAUCGCACUCUGUGCCAGACUUCUCUUACUCCUCCAGCGAGGAUGAGUUCUACGAUGCGGACGAGUUCUACCAGAGCAGCACUUCCCCCAAACACUGCAUAGAUCCCUCAGGGCCUCAAGCUGCCUCGCUGCUCACCAAUGAGGCGAUGGGAUUGAAACGACCGAACACCACAGAGUCCCUGAACUCGUCCAUGUCCAACGGCACCACGGAUGCAGACCAGUUUGACCACGAGGACCGCGAUGACGACGGAGAGGGCGAGUCAGUAGAAGAGCACAAGAGCGUCAUCAUGCAUCUUCUCUCUCAAGUUCGUUUAGGCAUGGACCUCACGAAGGUGGUCCUGCCUACUUUCAUCUUGGAGAGGAGAUCAUUGUUAGAAAUGUACGCAGACUUCUUUGCACAUCCAGACUUAUUUGUAAGUAUUGCUGAGCAGCUGGAGGCCCGGGACCGCAUGGUUCACGUGGUGAAGUGGUACAUGUCAGCUUUCCACGCAGGGAGGAAAGGCUCUGUGGCCAAGAAACCCUACAACCCAAUCCUGGGGGAGGUCUUCUACUGCCACUGGGAUCUGCCCAGCGAAACAGAUGAGCCUUCCCCCAACGCGGAGACGGUGUCAGAAGGUCCAGUUCCGUGGUCUUCAUCUAACAGCGUGUGUUUUGUGGCUGAGCAGGUCUCUCACCACCCACCCAUUUCUGCAUUCUACGCAGAAUGUUUAAACCAGAAGAUCCAGUUCAACGCCCACAUCUGGACAAAGUCUAAGUUCUUAGGCAUGUCCAUUGGUGUCCACAAUAUUGGCCAAGGCUGUGUGUCAUGUUUGGAGCACGAUGAACAUUACGUCCUCACCUUCCCCAACGGAUAUGGAAGGUCGAUCCUGACCGUACCGUGGGUGGAGCUGGGUGGGGAGUGCAACAUCUCCUGCUCUAAGACGGGCUACAGUGCGAACAUCGUGUUCCACACCAAACCCUUCUACGGAGGGAAAAAGCACAGGAUCACCGCAGAGAUUUUUCCACCUAACGAUAAGAAGUCUUUCUGCUCCAUCGAAGGAGAAUGGAACGGAGUGAUGUAUGCCAAGUGGGCAACUGGAGAGAACACUGUGUUUAUAGACACAAGAAGGAUAGGGAUCAUCAAGAAGAAAGUGAGAAAGCUGGAAGACCAGCUGGACUACGAGUCUCGACGAUUGUGGCGAGAUGUGACGUUGAACUUGAAGCAGAGAGACAUUGACGCUGCGACGGACGCCAAGCACCGGCUAGAGGAGAAGCAGAGAGCCGAAGCCAGAGAGAGGAAGGAGAACGAGCAGCAGUGGGAGACCAGGCUGUUCCACGAGGACGGGGAGUGCUGGGUUUAUGAUGAGCCUCUAUUAAAGAGAUUAGCCUCUCAGAGGCCCUGAGAAGACGACGCACACGCUGAGACACACGGCAUACAUAUGCAUAAAGAAAUGCACACACAGGAGUCUUCAUAAGAACUCUUUUGAAAAAGAAAAAAAAACACUUCUUUUCCAAGCCUUGGAAUGACUGACGAUUGAAAUACGUACACUGCUUUGCAUUUGACUGUAAAACAAUAUGGAUAUGAAUGACAUCAAAUGGGAAAGCAUUUAAGAUCUAACGUGUUGUAGUUAAAAGCUCCUCUCAUUUGGGCAAAUUCACCUCCUCCGAUACCCGACGAGACUGAGGCAGUGAACGGUGAAGACUGGAGCGCCGGCACAUCUCUCCUCCGCCCCGACGCUUUUUAUCACCGCGCCCUCCGGAGAACGAGGCAGAGCAGCAUUCUUUUUCCCUACACAAACGUUUGUUCUUUUUGGAUUGGGGAGGGGGCACUGGGGGUGAGUGUGUGUGUCUGUGUGCGUGAUUGAAGGUGUUGAAAUUGAAUAAACCUUGAAAACAAACAAACAAAUUGGCGCUCUACAUCUCAGGGAAUCUGGUGACUGAGGAGAGAAAGCUGCUGCCCCCUCCGAGAGUCUGACAGCCUUAUAACGGUGAAAGUGAUGAGUCUUAAAGGGGCGGGGGAGAAAUUCUCCGCUUGCCUGCAACUAGUUGUAACUGUUGUUUAUAUAUAGAUAUACAUAUGAUCGGUAUAUAAAUAUAUAUUCUUCUUUUUCCUCUUUUUUUUUUAAAUUCAGUUUGGUUUAUUUUUGUUUCUGGCAAUAGUGUAAAAGAUAUUUGAGGAUAUGAACUUGAUGGCUUUACAUUUAUAGGAAUCAUUCCAUUUAUUGUUUUUUGUCUUGUAUUUCCAUUACGGGGUCGGCGUGGCAACACCUUUGGUCCGUUGCACCGUUCAGAGGCAAAGCCCCACAUAAGCCAUAGCAUCCGAACUCACUGAUUAGGAGAGUUGUUCAGUUGUGAGACAUAUAUGCAAUAAAGAGAUCAUUGACGUUGCCUGUUCAAAGGACACAUUUCUGUGUCCAUUAUGUCAAAACCAUUUGGAUAAAAGGCUGAAGGGACUUUUUCCUCUGGGCAGAGAACAAGCAAUCCUCUGGAAAUGUUACCUGAAGACGUUAACGAACAAAUGAGUACAUAUUGGUGUUUCAUGGUGAGGAUGUUAGACUAGGACUGAGUCCGCACAGCAGCGUCUCCCGGUUUCUUCUCCAAACCCACAGAGGUCAGACUGGAUCACCGCGAUGGUUCACGUAUUGUCAGGAAGCGAGGAGACUGAAAAACAAAGCGAGUGUAACCUUUUGGAACGCUGCUCUUUUGUCACCGUGCUGCUUGAUGUCCAGACUGCCGUCUUCCAUUGUCAAAUCGCCACAUAGAGGGCAAUAUUUACUGCACACCUGUCCUUAAACCAUUCAUUCUCUUUACGGCUCUGUUGAUUGGAUAUAAGUGCAAUGAUUUGGGAAUAGAAAUCUGAAAUGAAACAUUUUUACCUGAGGAUGCUUAAGAACAUUGAGCUCACAUCAGAAAUGAAUGUGGUUGAUUUCAAUGAUUAUUGAAGGAUCCAAGUCUUAAAAUCAAUGAAUCUGUUGAAGGGGAUUUAUAAAGACAAACAUAUUCCUGGUGCUGUGUGCGAGAGAAAAAAUAAACUGAAUUUAAUCCUGUAAACUCGUAAAGCAUACAAAUAUGCUUCGAAAUGAGCCAAGUGUCUGCGCUAAAUUAGUUUGUUUUAAUUACCUUUUUUUCCUCCAUGCUAUGUCUUUGUAAAUUAUAUUGAAUCGAGGCCUUGCCAUACAUUUCAGUAUCACUCAAAAUGUAUUUUUAUUUCCAUUAUGAUCUUAACCAUUGAUUGUAUUUAUUGAUGCAUAAUAUUAAAUCUCCAUAAGUUUA